AUGAGCCCUGUCGAUGACCUCAAGCACCGCCUCUCGCUAUGGGGUGAGUCUAAUACCCAGCCAGCAGACAGUGACGAAGAAGGAUCAGAAUACGAAUUGUUAUUAGACCCGAACCUACCCGAGGAGUACACACGACCGCUGGCGACACGUAUCUACAACGAGGAUGGAGACGAGGAGGACUCACCCUACCCGGAAGUCCGGGCCGCGGUGCACAACUACGAUGUUGAGAUGCCUUGCAAUACGGUGCGUGCUUGGACUAUUGGUUUGGCCCUUGUUGUCAUCGGUGCUUCGAUGAACACGCUGUUCUCACUCCGGAACCCGUCCAUCGGCCUUGGAGCACUCAUUGCCCAGAUCAUCGCAUGGCCUAUUGGUCAUGGAUGGGCCAAAAUCAUGCCCAAGAAGCAUUUCAACACUUUCGGUCUGAGGUGGUCGCUUAACCCGGGACCAUUCAACAUCAAGGAGCAUUCCAUCAUUGUUGUGAUGGCCAGUGUCUCUUUUUCGGUGGCUUAUGCAACAGACAUUAUCCUGGCCCAGAAGGUUUUCUACAAGCAGGACUUUGGCAUCGCCUGGCAGUUCAUGUUGACCAUCUCGACGCAGUCUCUUGGUUAUGGAAUCGCGGGCAUCAUGAGGAGGUUCCUUGUAUACCCUGCGUCGAUGAUAUGGCCCGCCAACUUGGUAUCUGUCACCCUUAUGAACGCUAUGUACGAGAAGAACGAGCACCCCGACCCCACGGUUCUUGGCGGCAUGAUGCCUCGCUACAGGUGGUUUGCGUACGUCACCUUUGGCGGCUUCGUGUACUACUUCAUCCCUGGCUUCUUUGCUCAGUUCCUGAGUACCUUUGCCUUUGCUACCUGGAUCGCACCCCAGAAUCCCGUGGUCAAUCAGCUCUUUGGCGCUUCCACUGGCUUGUCCAUCAUCCCUAUCACCUUUGACUGGACUCAGAUCUCAGGCUUCAUUGGCUCCCCAUUGAUUCCCCCUUGGCACGCUAUCGCCAAUACCCUGAUCGGUGUCGUGGUCUUCUUCAUCUUUGGUGCUUCUCUUUUCCACUACACGGGGACUUGGUACGGCCAAUUCCUGCCAAUGAGCGAUUCCGGAACCUACGAUAAUACGGGCGCCCCUUAUAACACGACGCGCAUCUUGACGCCAGAGCUCACCCUCGACCAAGAGGCGUACGAGAAUUAUUCGCCCCUCUUCAUCAGUACUACUUUUGCUCUCUCUUACGGUCUGUCUUUUGCUGCCAUCACGUCUCUCAUAGUCUACACGUAUCUACAUCAUGGCGAGAGAAUCUGGACGCAGUGGAGACACAGCAAGAGCGAGCCUGAUGAUAUCCACAUGAAGCUCAUGAGAAAGUACCCCGAGGCUCCUACGUGGUGGUACGGGAGCUUGUUUAUUCUUAUGCUCUGUCUUGGCUUCGUGACUGUACUGGCCUACCCCACCAACCUGAAUUGGUGGUCCUUCCUACUGGCAGUAGCUAUCUCAUUUGGGUUCGCGCUGCCCAUUGGAAUCAUUCAAGCUAUCACGAACAACCAGAUUGGCCUGAAUGUGUUGACCGAAUUUGUUUAUGGGUACAUCCAACCUGGACGUCCUCUGGCGCUAAUGAUUUUCAAAACGUUUGGGUACAUCACAAUGAGCCAGGCACUGUCCUUCGUAUCUGACCUGAAGUUUGGUCACUACAUGAAGAUCCCGCCGCGGACCAUGUUCAUGGCCCAGGUGGUGGCAACGACCUUCUCCUGCUUCAUCCAGAUCAUUGUCCUAAAUGCUUCGCUCAACGCUAUUCCCGAGGUCUGCACAACGACCCAGCGCGAACACUUCUCCUGCCCCGGAGGCAAGGUCUUCUUCUCAGCCUCCGUCAUCUGGGGUCUUCUCGGCCCAUCGCGCAUCUUCUCCCCGGGCCAGAUUUACUCUGGCCUGUUCAUCUUCUUCGGCGUUGGCGCCGUCGUCCCCAUCAUCUUCUACUAUGCCAUGAAGCGCUGGCCCAAGUCACCUGCCAAGUACCUCAUCGCCCCCGUCAUCUUCGGCGGCUCCGGAUCCAUCCCGCCUGCCACGCCUCUCAAUUACCUAUCAUGGGGUGUCGUCGGGUUCGUGUUCCAGUACCUUAUUAAGACACGGCACUUCAGAUGGUGGAGUCGCCUUAACUUCCUCACCUCGUCGGCUCUCGACCUCGGCCUCGCGCUCAGCACCCUGGUCAUCUUUUUCGCGUUCACGCUGAACGACAUCAGCCCGCCCUCGUGGUGGGGUAAUGACAUCGUGACGCAGACGAUGGAUGCGCAGGAUACCGCUAUACAAGUUAUUCUGCCGGUGGGACAAACGUUUGGGCCGAAGACAUGGCAUUAGAAUACUGGAAGGCUUGGGUUGGAGUUUUGGGAGGGCAAGAGGGGAAGACGGGUUUUGAAGACCUGGCGUUGGAUUUAAAUUGGCGUAGUGUGCAAAGCAGUUGUGAUGGUCUCGUUUUGUGGAUUCCAUCGUCUUCAUAAUAAAUUAACUAUUGGGCUCG